AUUCAUCUCCAGAUCUCAAGCACCAACCUCCCGACUGAAACUCAUUUCUCUCUUGUUCCUUUCUCAGUUCUCAUCACUCACAAGAAAGAAACUGCACUUUUUUGCGACGAAAAAUUCAUGGCUUGCUAUAGCUCCAUACGAACCUUUUCAUCGACAUCGCCCUUUUCCAAUCCUCCUCCCCGCGCCGCAAUUUCUAUCCCUAAGCUCCCCAUUCGAAUCUCCCUCCCCAAGAUCCCCACUUCUUCCACCAACCAAACCCAUCUCGCCUUCCAUCCCUCCGAUCAUGCUCUCCGGCCGGAAAUCACCCAUCAAUACCCGAUUGUGAUCACAACCACAUCGCCGGCCGACGAAGCAGCAGCUGUCUCCAGCACGCCAGUGACCGCCGAGCUGUACUACGCUGUCCUGGAGUCGAUCGCCGACAGGAUCGAGAUGCACGGCAACGUGGCAGUCCAGCGGGACAACUGGAACUCCCUCCUCCUCUCCUCCAUCAACAUGUCCAUCCUCGCCGCCACCACGAUGGCCGCCGUUUCCCCAUCUGUCUCGGCCGAUCAUUCCCUUCCCUUGGCUCUCGGCUCCACCAUUCUCUUCACCGCGGCGACCGGGCUGCUGGCCAUCAUGAACACCAUCCAGCCCUCUCAGCUUGCGGAGGAGCAGCGCAACGCCGCAAGAUUGUUCAGGCAGCUCCACUCCAAACUAAACGGGCCCGGAAAGGCCCAACCCACAAAGGCCCAGGUGGAAGACGCGGUGGAAAAAGUGCUGGCCAUUGACCGCGCCUACCCUCUCCCGUUGCUCGGCAAAAUGAUCCCCAAGUUCCCCAAAAAGUUCCAACCCGCCGUUUGGUGGCCUCGUCAAACCGCAGAGUCAUCCAAACGACGCCGUAGCGCCAAGGUAAGAAAUAGCAACAACGGAUGGAGCGAGGAGCUGGAGGCGGAGAUGCGGGAAGUCUCGGGAGCAUUGAAGAGUAAAGACAAGGAGGACUACGAGAGGCUUGGAAGCUUGAUGCUCAAGAUAAACAAGACUCUGGCCGUCUCGGGACCCGCGCUAUCCGGCGCGGCGGCGGCUGCUUCUGCUGUUGGGCUGGUCGGUGGUGACAACAACGGGUGGGCUGCGGCGGUGGCGGUGGCCGCCGGCGCGAUGGCCACUGCCGUGAAUACGUUGGAGCACGGCGGGCAGAUCGGGAUGGUGGUGGAGAUGUACAGGAACUGCGCCGGGUUUUUCAAUCAGCUCGAGGAAUCGAUUGAUUCCACUCUCGGCGAAUCAGGAUUUGAGGAGAGAGAGAAUGGUGAGGUGUUCGCGAUGAAGGUCGGGCUGGCGCUCGGAAGGAGUCCGGCGGAGGUCCGGGAGCUGGCUGGAAAGUGUGCUUACAGUAGGGAUGAAGGCACGCCGUUGGAUGAGUUUGCUAGCAAGCUCUUCUGAUCGUUCUUUUUGAUAGUAUACACGUACAUUGUUAGUUUGUAAUUAGGGUUUAUAUUAGUACUAAGCUAGCUAGGGAUCAGGGAUUGAACAUAAUCCAUAAUCCCCAAUUAAACAUUAUUUGAUUGGUUAUUUCAUAUUCAUUCUUCUUUUGAUCGAUCUUAUUCAAAAUGAAAAAGGUGUAAUUAACGAUUUCUAAUCUCAUCUCAUGUAUUGAAAUACAUACGUGCAAUAGUUUUCUCAUUUCUGCAAUUAUCAAUUCACCAAUCAACCAAAAUCGGAUUAACUAACCUGGCCUGUGGUCAUUGAUGGUUUUAUUUCGCAUCAUCAACAUAUAUAUUAACUCAUCAAAGCUGUAUACACAUAUAAACAUAUAGUAAUUGAGUUUACCUGCUUAACUUAUAUCAACAAUAAAGUCCAAACGUUAUAUUAAAAUCCUACGAAUAACAUCAUCCAAAUGUUCAUAUUUAAAUCCAACAAAUUCUCUUUUUGUUAGGAGUCAUGAGGAAUUAUAACAUAUCAAUUUGGCUAGGUUGACCUGUUUGGCUGCACAAAUUUUAGAUGAAUCAAUUAUGUCUGUGAAAUUUCAAAUGGACUCAUUUUGAACCAAUUACAAUUGUCUGGGGUGGGAGCAAACAAUUCGAAUGGACUCGUUCGCAAUAACUCAUUUGUUACAUGAGACAAUUGGUUGAAUUGCUCGUGUUUUAAUUGAUUUAUCCAAAAGACCCUUUAAUUAAUUCAACUAAUACGCCGUUAUUUUUCUCCGGAAUCGAAAAUUGAUCAUUCCAAUCAGAUCACUCUUUUCUCGCCUUUGAUCGUUUUUUUUUUUCUGACUUGACAACGGGUUUAUACUACUGAUUGUCUCGCUAUUUUCGCUUUUUGCAAUAAUAAUUGAACCCAAUUAUACCGUUGAGGUUUGACAACAUGGGUAAUAGUCAACAAUGUAUUCUUUUUUUCUCCUGAAUCUACUUUCUGCUAACCGACGAGCUUAGGCGGAAACCUAGUGAACGAAAUCAACAAAUGGUGGCAUGUUUAUCUUAUAUAUUUCUUUCUGCAUAGCAGCCCGUGCCGAACAAAUGGGGAAACAGUAAAACGUAUUAUUAUGUAGGGAGGAGGAUAAGGUUGACUGCAUGUUGCAGUGUACUAUUGGCCUCUACUGGAAUACUCGUUCGUUCUAGUUUGUUUUUCUCUGACCUUGACAAAUCGGGAACUCAAAUUCUACCCGUUUAAAUUGAGAAACUAAUUUGGGAAAUUUGCUCUUUACCAAUAAAAAUACAUUUAGUCAACAAGCCAUUGGAUAGGCAAUUUAAUUUGAAUCACGUAUUUUCAUUGUGUUUUUUUUAUAUUGAAACCUGUAAUCUUAUUAAUCAAUAAUCACAAUAUCGCCGGUUUUAACUCAUCAAUCAAAUAAUAGACGGACAGCCUAUCAAAUAAUAACACUCUUUUGUCCCUAUAGGUCUUUGACUGAGCCAUAAUGUGUGCUGUCACAUUUGCUUCCCUUGAGGUAUGUCUCCAAGCUCCAUUAGACUAACUUCAACCCAUAAAGUCAAAUUUGGCUUCCAAAUAGUCAAAUAUAGCUUUUUGGCCUCCCAAAUCUCAUUUUUACUCCAACCCCACAAAAAGCUAAAUUUAGCUUCUCGUCUCCUUUUUUUCAAUAAAACAUACUUAUUUGGUCCCUAAUUUUUAUAUUUCACUUUAACUUUUUUAUAGUUUGUUAUUACUUUUGAAAACAAAAAAUUUGAUGUAAAUUUUUUAAAAUUCCGAAACAAACAAAUAUUUGGAACAUUUGUCAUUCAUUUGUUAUCGUUAACUUUGGGAACACUCUAAAUAUAACAUUUUUUAAGGC